UUAUUGGUGCUCCGGUGAUGUCCGGAAAGUGGCCCCGACUCUAGAUGCUCCUCAGUGGGAAUAUUCUGUCAUUUCAGUGAGACAGGCCUGCUUGGGUUUGGGCUUCUUGGCUGUUGAUUGUUGGAAUCCGGGUCCGCAGGAGUCCCGAAUCUUCACUCGCAAUGUCUUUCUCCCGGGAUGUGGACGUGGACUUGGUGAAGAGUAAAAUCAAACUUCUCACCGACUUCCUGGACAUUUACAUCAAAAUAGCAAACGUGCACACAGUUGAUUUCUAUACCAAAGACAUAUGGAAUGAGUUUGUGGCUGUGUCACCUGAAACCGUCAUCUCGAGUCUCUUCUCUCAGCAGGGAGGAAGCACAAGUGAAGGAAAAGAUGGCUCCAUAUGGGACCAGUCCCAAAGACUUCACAAUGUGGCUGCCUACAGGAGAAUUACACAGGAUCACUCUUUGUCAAACUUUGGCGUUUGCACACCACUGGAUGACCUGCGGCAAGAACUGUGGGGAGAUAAACAAAAAGAAAUGUUUCUGAAAACCAGCACAUUUAUGAAUACAAAGAAGUCCCAUGAGGUUGAGGUGAUGUCUGAAAUCAUUGCGUGUUUUGCCAAAUAUUGCAAUAUCAAACAGGUGAUUGAUAUCGGAUCAGGAAAGGGAUAUUUGAGUUCCUACUUGUCCAUGCAAUAUGGGCUAAGUGUAUAUGGCAUUGAUUCAUCCACUACCAACACAAUUGGGGCAAAUGAGAGGAACCGAAAAUUAGAAAGAUAUUGGAAAGUUUAUCAGCGUCAAACAAAGCCUAAAACCCAAGACUCUAAGCCGGAACAUCCAAAACAAAAGCAUAUGAAUCAUACGGAAAAUUUUACCAAAAUCAAGGAACCGGCUGGUUAUAUUGGGGUAGAGGAGGAUACUACUGAACCUCAGUCUAUGCAUGAACAAUCAAUUGUACAGACUCCUGUUUCCACCACUUUGGCAGACUCUGAGAUAUAUGAGAAAAACGUUGUAGAAACAUCUGCGGAGACUGCCGGAUCAGACGAAUUUUAUUACUCUGAGCAUACUUUUCUGGGACUUCUUUCAACUGAUGUUGUGGAACUGAGUCCACAAGUGAGGCAAAGGAAAUGCCUGGAUGAAAAAGAGAAAGAGAGACGUAAAUCUGCAAACUUGGAGGCUAAAGCAAAGCGAGUAAAACAGGCCAAUCUGUAUUCUCCAGUAACACUGCAUGUUACUUCCACGACAGAGUUACAUGACAUCACUUCUGACAUCAAGGAUUCUAUCGUUGUUGGUCUGCAUACCUGUGGUGACCUUGCUUCAAAUACUUUACGCAUCUUUAUUAGUAAACCAGAGCUCAAAGCUGUUUGCAGUGUUGGCUGCUGCUACCACCUGGUCUCAGAAGAGUUUGAAUUUUCGGAUCGCAGCCAAGAAGGCUGUCAAGGACCUUGGGGGUUUCCGAUGAGCCAGUACUUGAGAAGCAGUGCUUGGCACUGUGGACGAAAUGCUAGAAUGUCUGCAUGUCUGCCAUUUGAAAGAGUGACAAUUGGCCACGGGCAGCUUCCAUUGGAAUCCUUAUUUUAUCGUGCAGUUUUGCAAGUUAUUAUCAAAGAACACUUCGGAAAUGGAAAGCCGCCCGAUGCAUUUCAACAAACCAAGGACAAACAUGUUGGCAAGAUGUAUUUUAAGUCUUCGUCUUUUGUGGAUUACGCAAGAAAAGCAACAGAAAAGCUGGGAAUGGAUAGUUCAAAGAUGUCGGACAGUUUAAUACAAGGUUAUUAUGACAGAUUCAUACCCCGGAUUAAAGAGUUGGAAGCAUUUAACCUGCUGAAGGUAGCCUUAGCCCCUUGCAUAGAAGGUUUAAUACUUUUGGAUCGACUUUGCUAUCUCAAGGAACAGGAAAAUGUGGCAUGGUCAUCACUAGUCCAGCUCUUUGAUCCUGUAAAGUCCCCGAGAUGUUACGCAGUAAUUGGUGUGAAAAAGCAGUACCAUUCCAAAAUUUAAUUGUAUUAUUGAUGUGUUUUAUACUGUGCUUUUUCAUUUUUCCAUUUAAGUUCAUGCUUUUAAGAGCUACUAAUUUUAUCUGAUGUUCUUCAGACUGCUGAUUAAACUUUUAUUUUUACUGGUACAUUUAUGACAAUUUAAUAAACAGAUGAAACACAUUUGAAUGGAUAAGCCAUUAUAUCAUGUUAUAUUUCUUGGCAAGAUUUCCACACCCAGUGGAGAAAAUGUAUUAAAAAAUAAAUAAGUUUAGGGUGAAAAUGAAGUUUUUCAAUUGUACAGUUGUCCAUAAUUCUGUGUAACUAGAAAUGGAUAAUUAUACUUUCUUGAUGGAAAAUGAAAUCAGAUCUAAUUGCACGCACAUUUAUUUUCAGCGAACAUGGAAUGAUGAAGACUGAAGA